AUGGCCUUCAUCCCCUCUUUCACCUCCAUAGUCCGCAUAGUCGGAGGAGUGCUCGUCGUAUCUCUCAUCUCCACCGCUGGGCUUCUCUACCGAUACCAAACGUCGCUCAUCUAUCCCUCUUGCUUCCCUACCGGCUCCAAAACUCAAGUCUCCACCCCGGACGAAUACGAUCUUCCUUACACCGAAGAAGAGCUCAUCACACCCGAUUCCCAGCGUCUGCGCAUCUUUGUCCUGCUCCAAGGCACCAAGCUUUCCCCGCGUCGAGGACCUGCUUCCAAAGUUCAGGCUAGGCAAGAUCAAGAGCCGCAACAGCUCGAGCGUAAAUCAACACAAACACAAACCGGAAUGGCUCCCGUGGACACGUUCGAUGCUCAACUAGCGUCGAAGCGUCCAACAAUACUGUUCUUGCAUGCAAACGCCGGCAACAUGGGUCAUAGAUUGCCGCUGGCUGCAGUAUUCUUCAAACGAUUCGGCUGCAACGUUGUCAUGCUCAGUUAUCGAGGCUACGGCUUUUCCACCGGCUCACCAAAUGAGCGUGGGAUCAAAAUCGACACUCAAACCACCCUGGACUUCAUCCGCGCACACCCUUCCCUCUCUAGCACAGUGCUAGUUGCAUACGGACAGAGUAUUGGUGGAGCAGUAGCAAUCGAUCUCGCCGCUCGUAACCCCGCUUCCGUCCAGGCGCUCAUACUCGAAAACACUUUCCUCAGCAUCCCAGAGUUGAUCCCACACCUCCUUCCACCAGUCCGACCUUUCACCUUCCUUUGUCGCGAAUACUGGUGCUCUGGCCUGACCAUCACUAAGAUCACAGAAAAGGCUCCUACCCUCUUCCUCUCGGGCAGACAGGAUGAGCUAGUACCACCCUCCCACAUGGAUGCCUUGUUCGAAAGAUGCACAAGUAGCGUCAAGGUGAAAAAGGAGUUCAACGAUGGCACUCAUAACGAUACCUGUAUUAAGCAGGGUUAUUUCGAGGCUGUGGCCGAGUUUUUGUUACAGCAUGUCGUAACACUUGUGCGCGACAAGGUUGGCCAGCAGGAGGAGGGCCAGCAGGAGGAGGGCCAGCAGGAGGAGGGCCAGCAGGAGAAGGGCCAGCAGGAGGAGGGCAAGCACAACGUGGCAAAGCGAGCGAACGCCGGCAAGAAGGAGGCAAGUGGAGAUGAGGACGAUUGGGUGCAAAUGACUCAUAGCGAGGUCAAGGAGGUCGUGGGGGAAAAGGUCGACCAGGUCAGGAGCGAGCAAGAUGGGGAUGCGCCCAUGUUGAGUAAGGUGCCGAAGCUGUAA